AUGGAUCCGGGUAAAAAAGGAAAAGUCAAACUAACUGACCAGAAAGCUAAGAAAAAAACAAAAUUACCUAAUGAAAGAAGAAAUUCAGUCAAAUUAGUUUCUGUCAAGUCGAGUGGGGAUAAAAGUGAGGACAAACGGACAAAUUCGAACGGUACGUCAAUUGGCCUAUCUGAUGAUAAAGAAACUGUUGAAAUGGUCGGUGAUAACUGUACUACAGCUACACAUGUUCAUUUGGACACGACAACAGGUGAUCAAAAAGAAAUCCUGGGUAGUUCUGACAAGAUUAUGUCCAGUGGGAAAAUAUCGGUCAGCACAGAAACGGGUGAACACAACGACAUCCCAAAUAAGAAUAACAGCCCAAAUUCGGCCAAAGUCAUGACGGACGAGACUGGGCGGAUCAAAAUACCAAAACGAGUACAAAGUGCCACGAGCGAAGGAAGCAGCACCGACGAUGUUGGCGCUGAAAUUAUCACUUUGAAUAUAGGAGGAUUUAAACACCAGACAAAACUAGAAACCAUUUCUCAAUUUCCAAGUACCAGAUUAGCUAAAUUAGCCGAUUCGGCAAGGCUGACUGGAAAACGAGAGUAUUUUUUUGACCGCCAUCCCACCUUAUUUGGGUACAUUUUGAAUUUUUACCGAGUAGGGAAAUUACAUGUGCCUAUCAGUCUUUGUGGUCCCCUAUUAAGAGAGGAACUUGAUUUCUGGGAAAUUGACGAUAAAGAUAUAGAACAAUGCUGUUGGGUUCAUUACAUCAGUUUCGAAGAUACGCUUGAAAUGAUCGAGAAAUUUGAACAGGAUGAUAAGCGUGCAAAGAACUCUGCACGAAAUGUGGGACCAGACGAUCCUUGUUGGUACCGCUACAGGCCCAAAAUGUGGAGAGCCUUACAGGACCCUUAUUCCUCCAAAGGGGCCACGAUGUAUGCCGUUACGUCACUGCUGGUAGUACUUUUGUCAAUUUCCGUCUUCAUCCUCGAGACGCUUCCGUACUUUGAAGCACUCACAGUGCAUGCCACAAGCUCACGUUCAAACAUCACGAGCGAGAUGUUACGUAAGGAGUUGGAUAUAUUCUAUGACAUCACACCCUACGAUACACUGCUUAUUAUAGACAAUUCGUGUAACGUGUUCUUCUUCUUAGAGUUUCUAGUGAAGCUGCUGACGGCACCGUCCAAGAAAGACUUUCUCACCACACCACUGACCAUUAUAGAAGCCAUAUGCAUCGUCCCAUACUACAUUGCUGUGGCAAUCGUCUUUCUGCACCCGGACCCUAUAAAACUGUUUACGUUCAUAAGGGUGCUUUUCGCCUUUCGUGUCCUUCGAAUAUUCAGGAUUUUUAUCCUGAUGAAACACUUCUUGGCUUUGAAAAUCUUGAUAUACACAAUCAAGGCGAGCACAAAAGAACUGUUUUUGUUGCUCCUAGUUGUGAUAAUUGGCGUAGUUAUAUUUGCCUGUAUCGAAUAUUAUAUGGAAAUAUUCUCAACCGAAGAGAGCGACUUCAAACACAUCCCGCUUGCCUUUUGGUGGGCUAUCGUUACCAUGACGACCGUCGGUUAUGGUGAUAUGACGCCAAAAUCUGGACUUGGUUUUCUUGUUGGAUCGUUAUGUGCCAUUUCUGGUGUCUUGGUCAUUGCCCUGUCUGUUCCUGCCAUUGUCAAUAAUUUCACAUUGUAUUACACGCAUGCGCAGUCACGAGAAAAACUUAAACAGCGGAAGAGGAAAUUUCAGAAACAAAGAUGGAAUAAGCUGAUGUCUACAACUGUGUUCAAAAUCAAAUUCAAUAAAACAGAAGAUAGGGGUCAUUCGGGGUUUAAGACAAUGGUCAACGGUUUGAUGCAAACUGGGGAAAAGGCGCCGAAAAUUAAUUCUGUGACACCAAUGAACUCGGAAGUCGGCUCCGAACAACCAACCACUUGCAGUUUUGAUACUGCAAAGUCGAUCCAAGAUUUGACGGAAACGACAGAUGGAGAAGACACACAGACAAAUCGCGAUAAUACCGUGAUCAACGAUGUGAAGGAAUCUUCAAAUGAAGAAAACCCAACGGACGAUGUAGACUCUUCUGUGUCGGAGGUAAAACCACAAAUUAUCGAAUAG